AACUAAAAACUAACAAUUAACAUGGAAAUGCAAUAUGCAUAUAAUAAAUUAUAUAUCUGAUUUAUUACUAGCACAAAAUAAAUGAUUCUGGCUCGCUUACAGAAGUAAUGAUGGUCAUGAGAAACUGAGAGAUUGUAAAAUAACAUGGUAUGACAGACUACAGUGUGGUCAGAGCAAACUUGACUUCCUCUGUUUGGUGUGGGUAAAGUAUAAAAAUAAGAAGCAGAGUUAAUUUGUGUCCUAAUAAAGACAACAUGAGAAUCACACAGCUUCAUAUCUAUCUCUUCAUAUGGUGUCAAACUGCAGAGACUUUAGAUCAACUGACUGAUUUGGGACAAAAUGUGACUAUAAACUGUGAUCUGGAUGAAGGAGACAUUUAUUGGUUAUUACUGAAAGUACCAGAUCCUCCUGUGAUGAUAUUACGCACUUUAUCAACAACAUAUUUUCUCUUCGACACAACUCUGAGACAGAAAUAUUCAGUACAAUCUAAAAAUCAUCUGUUUAUAAAUAACAUCACUGUGAAUGAAUUAGGAGUUUAUUACUGUAUGAAGACAGAUACACCUCCAAAAUUCAGCAGUGGCAUCAGACUACAGAUAAAUGAGCCAACAGAAAGUCCAAAUGAAGAGAUCAAAUAUAUACAUCAGAAUCAUACAGAAGUGAAAUAUAUUCAACAGAAUCAGACACUAUGGCAGACUCUUACUCUCAUACUUGGUCUGCUGAAUGGUGUUUUAUUCAUUUUGGUCAUAGGACUAUUAAAGGCUUUUAUUGAUGGGAAUAAAACAAUUGAAGAAGGUUUUAUAAAACUUCAUAACACUGAUCUACAGCAGGUGACCUACAGAAGCUUUUCUAAUCUCAAACCAGCUAAAGUGUUCAGAAGUGAGAUGUUCAAAGCUUCAUAAAGUCUUCAUCCAGGAAACAAUAGCAACUGUGCUGCUUCAAAGCUGCCAACAUAAUCUGUAAAACUAUCCAGACAUAUAUAUCUCGUUAUGUAUAGAUAUAUUUAUGAUAAAUUGUAUUACCUUACCGAUUAAAAAAGCGAUAAUAAAGAGAUAAUUUUCCCGUUUUACCAAAGUGUGCAUAGCUUGACCCAAAGGAAAGUUAAAUGAUUAUAACUUAACAAUGUCAGUCAUCACUGAAAGUGUCUGUUU